UUAAUGUUCUUGAAGCUGUUUGGAGACACGUCGAUUGUAGACGUUUAUGGCGCACCAGCCGACUAAUGCGCUAACUUUCCAUCUCUGUGUUUCUUGUGAUUGAUUUCCAAAGCAUAUGUUAUAUUCGCUCUGAAAUGUGCAAUAAAAUGAAUUGUAACUCUUUAAUGAGUGCUUUUAUUUUGUUAUUUGUAAUUCAUUGUGUCAAUGGCUUGUACUUUCACAUCGCUGAGACAGAACGAAAGUGCUUUAUUGAGGAAAUACCCGACGAAACUAUGAUCACAGGAAAGUACAAGACGCAGCUGUUCGACCCGCGCACCGGCGGCUUCAUGCAGACCAACCAGGGUAUCGGCAUGCACGUGGACGUGCGGGACCCGGAGGACAAGCCGAUCCUUUCAGCGGUAUACUCGGCCGAAGGCACGUUUACGUUCACGUCGCACACACCCGGAGAGCACGUCAUCUGCCUGUACUCCAACAGCACAAAGUGGUUCGCCGGAUCACUGCUGCGGGUGCACCUAGACAUCUCGGUCGGUGACCAGGCUGUCGACUACGCCGUGGUGGCCAAGCGGGAGAAGCUGACGGAGCUGCAGCUGCGCGUCCGUCAGCUGCUCGACCAGGUGGAGCAGAUCAGCAAGGAGCAAAACUACCAGCGCUACCGGGAGGAGCGGUUCCGCAGCACCAGCGAGUCCACCAACGGCCGCGUGCUCUGGUGGUCGCUGGCCCAGACGUGCGUCCUGCUCGCCAUGGGCUACUGGCAGAUGCGACAUCUCAAGUCGUUCUUUGAGGCCAAGAAACUGGUGUAGGGACUGCUGCGGCAGCGGACCGCGAGUGGGUGUCCGAUAGAACAAAGGGGCGGCGAUGUGCCGCGGCGGUGACACUGAAGGGGACGGACCGGAGGAUAGUGGUGCGGCUGUGGCCGGGUCUGGGCGCCGGUACCUCUGUCAGGGGUGUCCGCGCGGCGUACCGGUCGCGUUCCACCCGCGGUGGCACGACGGGACUGCGGCGCCCGGCGCGCGGUCAGUGGCGGUGACCGGCGGACGGCCGUGCGCCGGCGGUGGACGGUGUUAGCUUGUGACAUGGUUUCCGAGCCGGGCUGCGGGGUAGGUCGAAAAUGCGUCUCUGGGGCGAUAUGUGCGCCCGUUCGUGAUGAUGGCUUGCUUUCAUUGAUUUCCUGGAAUCUGUAGUAGCACUAGAAGGCUCGGUGGUCAGCUCGGCUGGGUGCGUCUGACGCGUCCCGCUAAUGUUCUUUGUUACACCCUCAACCAUACGACAGACGCCGCAAAAACCGGAGUGUAUGACCUUUGGUGAUGAGCACUUUACAAAAUAUAUGGUGAUAAAUUUAA